CCAUAUUUGCGACUGUAAUCAUCAGAUCAUACAUGUGGCAUGAUGAGGUGUCAUCCUCAAUUUUACUCAUCAGUGUGGAACAAUCUUCAACACUGAUUAAGAGACAUUGAAAUAAAGAUUUUUUUUUUUUUUUCGGGCGGUGAAAAAAAAAAAAAAGAAUUCCGAUCGUUGUUGACUGUUGAGACAUGAAAUCAAUCGACCGUCACAGCUCUAAUUAAAAUCCGUGGGUUGUUGUUUGCACUUUGAAAAUUCGAACCGUUUCGUUUGUUAAUAACCGCUGCUCUUCACUCAAAGCCACAAUCAACAGAUGUGCUUCCAACGAAGUCGAAUUUCGAGGACGACAAACAAAGGAGGAAGUUGUCAUCAGUCAUCAGUCAUCAGUCAUCUAAGAUUAGAUGAGAUGACUCCAUAAGGAACCAACUACCACCAUUACAGACCUAGGCUCUCUCUCUCUCUUUGAAAGUUUUGCUCCUCUGACCUGAAAGUUACAUCGCCGCCCGCACUCAUAACCAGAAUUUCUGCUUCUGUCAUCUCGAAUUCAACUCAGAAAACUGAAUUCUGUUUCUUUGAUUGAUCAUAUUAAUCUGGGCUGGGGUGGGUUUUUUCUGGAUUAAAAUGGUGAGAGUGUAUCUGGAGUGGUGAUCUGGGAUUUUUUUUUCCAAUGGGAACUGCUAUCAGUAGGGCUGCAAAUGGCAUUGGUGGAUUUCUUGGAAGUGCUUUUGUUGCUCCAUUUAAGACUAUAUUUGGGGGAUCAUGCGAGGGCAUCUGUGCUGGAACAUGGGACUUAACCUGUUUUAUCCAACAUUUAUGCGUAUCCAAUCUGGUGAAACUUUUGAUGAUAUUGGGUCUCAUCUAUAUAACUUUGAUGUUCAUGUACCUUCUUUUCAAAGUGGGGAUAAUUCAAUGCAUUGGAAGAAGCCUCUUUAAAAUGUGUUGGGCUGCAUGUGAGACAUACUGGUUUGCAUUAAAAGAUAUCAGUUGUUUUCUGUGGCACAAAUUAAAGAACACCAAGCGGGUAUACCGCCGCCGCCGCCACCGCCACUUCCCAGAUGUGGAAGAAGGAUACAGCUCAAUUGAUGGUAAUGAGUCUUCAAACAAUUACAAGAGCUUGAGUAUCAGUAGAAAGAGAUCGGUAAGAGAGAGAAGAAAAGAUCGGGUAAAGAUGUCUCUAUACCCUGUAAGGCGUAGGUCCAAAUAUCGGUAUAUGAAUCGUAGUCGACAUCACGGUGUGCAGUGGAAGACAAAUGAACUGUCAGUCCAUGUGAGGAGUGGGUCUGGGAGAUCACAAAACUCAAGGCAGUUUCAAGUAAGGAAGACAGGUAAUUUGGGAAGAGGGGGCAGGCUAUUUAAGAAGAGGAGGAUCAGGUGAUCCUAUCUUAACUGUAAUUUUUCAACAUUGUUUUACAAGUUAGAAAUUUCAUUCACUAGAAACUGGGGCAUAUUUCACAUUCUUUUACUGCUGCAAUGGCCUUCCAAAUGGAGCCUGCAUGAGAGUAUCAGUUUUUAAUUUUCUUUUUCUUUACACAAUAUGAAAUGUUCCACGUUACAAUUUUAGUUUCUGAUUUUCUCUUC